AUGAGUUCACUAUUGAAAUUCUUGGGGGCUGUGUUGCUGGCGGCCUUGCUCCUGCUUGGCGUUGGCGCCGCCAUCUAUAUUUAUAAGGGGGUUGCCUUGCAGAGGAAUGCAGCCGCUUAUGUCGAAACAAAUAUCCCGUUGAUUGUGCAGAGCUGGAACCCGGAGGAGGUGGUAAAACGCGCCGCACCCGAGUUCCUGGUUCCUGCCGUGCGGGAGGGCUUGCCGCCGAUUUUUGAGCAAUUGUCCAAACUGGGGGCACUGAAAAAGCUGGGGAAACCGCAGGGCGGAAUCGUGGUCGCCGAUCUCCAGCUGGCGUUUCGCGAGAACCGGGUUCAUGUGGGCGUCAAUAACGGACAACUUCAGCCGGUAUGGGCCGAAUUUGUGACUGAUGCCGACUUCGAAGCGGGACCGGCCAAAGUCAAAGUGGUACUGGUUCGCCGCAGCGAUGAGUGGCGGAUCAUGGGUUUCUGGGUACGUCCAUGACAACUCUGCUCAGUUUGAUCUACAACAAUGAGACUGACCUCGUUGAAAAGGUCAAAUCCCAUAUUGCCCAGGGAGAGGACGUCAACCGGGUCACCGAGUAUGGGGAGUCCGCACUGCGAGUUGCUUCCAACCGUGGUCGAUUCGACGUGGUUGAAGUGUUGCUCAAUGCCUCGGCAGAUCGGGGACAGCUCAAAUGGAGCAACACGAUUUACGAAGUUGUCUAUGGCACACAGGCCAGCAUCAGGAAAUCGGUUCAGGAAAAUGGCGACCUGGAGUCGGCUGACCAUUGGAAGCGAACUCCCUUUCUGAUGGCGGUCCAGCUUGGCGACACCGGGAAGGCCCAGUUGUUGCUGGACCUGGGUGCCAAUCGACUGGCGACAGGGCGGUGCGGAAAGACGCCCAUGCAAUACGCCGUUCAACACAACAACGUGGCGAUGCUGAACUGGCUGGUGGGCCAGGGAUUCGACAUUGAAUCCACGGAUGAGUACCUGGAGACGCCUCUGAUAGCGGCCGCUUCGCAAGGCAUGGUUGACUGCGUGAAGUUUCUGAUUCAACGCGGGGCGGAUAUCCAUAAAGCCAACCACAUUCCGGAGCGACCCAUUGAAGUUGCGGUGAAUAUGGAAAUUGUUCGCAUCCUGGUCAGCCAUGGGGCCGACAUCAACGACAUCAGCCCGGAGAUGCACGCCAGCUUGCUCGGGGUUGAGCAUGGCUCAGAACCGGUGGUUUCGCCAGGUGACUACGCUGCAGGAAGGAAUCGCCGGUUCGGCAUUGGCAACCCGGAGGAAAUUGACAACCCGUUCUGGCUUUCAAUGGUUCGUUCGGGGGCUUCCGGCUGGCAAGCGAGCCGGAAAUUCGCGGACUCAAGCGAUCGGGAUGGUUUUCCCGUGUGGUGCUACCAGCGAUUCGGGAGAUCCACCACCCUUCUGGACGAUGGCCGCAUCAUUGAAAUCGCGGGUGAACACGAAGACCACUACGACCCGGACUUUUGCAUUUACAACGAUGUGACCGAGUUCAGCCCGGAUGGGGCUAUCCGCAUCUUUGGAUAUCCGGAGCAUGUUUUUCGCCCGACGGACUUUCAUACCGCGACACGGGUCGGUGAUGCCAUCCUCAUCAUUGGCUGUCUUGGUUAUCCGGAAAGCCGGCGGUUCGGGCGGACGCCCGUCUAUCGUUUGAGUCUCACAAACUUUGAAAUUCAAGAGAUUGAAACCAGCGGCGAUCACCCAGGAUGGAUUCACAGGCACAAAGCCAGGCUCGACGGGCAAAGCCGCAUCAUUGUUUCAGGGGGAGAAAUUGAGCAAAGUUUGAAUGCGCCCUCCCGCGAAAACAUCGAUGACUGGGCUCUUGACCUCGGGACCUGGGUCUGGACGCGCAGCACGGAUCGCCGUUGGCCCCAAUGGACAUUUGCGCGACUCGACCGGAAACAGAAUCACCUAUGGCAGAUCCGGCAGGCGCUCUGGACUCGCGGUGUCAAUUGGAAGGAUGAGUUCCAGAACGAUAUGCGGCGGCUUUCUGAAAGCUUGGGCUAUGAACCUGACCUCGACGCCGUGCAAUCAAUUUACCGUGUGGAUGGCGUGACGUCCGAUGCGCCGGUCAAAAAGGGCGAAGACAAAAUUCUCAAGGGGUAUGUGGAUGGCGUCGCCAUCCGCAUGAAAGAAGACCAUUGGCUUGUUCAGGUCAUGGUGGAGGGAGAGUUGCCGGAAGCAAGGCUGAACGCAUUUAAAGAGGGCGUUCUUGCCAACCUUGCCCGCCUGGAAGGCGUAGCCUGGGGCGUUGACACACUAGUGGGCGAAGAAUGA